AUGGAAUCUUUCAUCACUCAGUCUUUCCUCAUCUCGCAAACCUUUAUGAGCUUUCCCUACUUCGUAGCAGCAUCAGCCUGCAUCGUCAUAGCCAUAUUCGGUUACUAUUUCUUCAAACCAAGAUGCAUAUACCUAAUCGACUUUUCAUGUUACCAACCUCCAGACUUCCUGCGAGCUCCAGUCUCAAAUUUCAUCGAGCAUCUAACCAUCUCCGGUGUGUUCGACCAAGAAAGCCUCGACCUCCAGCAAAAGAUCUUAGAACGGUCAGGGAUCGGAGACGACGCGAGUGUCCCAGUGACAGUCCACGAGAUUCCACCAAACGCUACUCUCUCUUCCGGUAGAGAAGAAACGCAAGACAUCCUCUUCACUAUCGUUGAAGACCUUUUCUCAAAGCACAAGAUCGAUCCAAGGACUAUCGACAUCCUCGUAUCUAACUGCAGCCUGUUCUGUCCUUCUCCGUCCGUAACUUCCACCAUCAUAAACAGGUUUGGCAUGAGAAGCGACAUAAAGAGCUUCAGCUUGAGCGGGAUGGGCUGCAGCGCGGGUCUUCUCUCGAUAAACCUAGUUAAAGAUCUCAUGAAGAUACAUAACGACUCUGUGGCUUUAGUCUUGAGCAUGGAAGCUGUGAGUCCCAAUGGUUACAGAGGGAAGUGUAAGUCAAUGCUUAUCGCCAACACAAUCUUUAGAAUGGGUGGAGCAGCGAUUCUUCUCUCCAACAAGAAGCAAGAUAAGUGUAAAGCCAAGUACAAGCUCCAGCAUCUUAUCAGAACUCAUGUUGGAUCAGACAAUGAGUCGUACGAGAGUGUGAUGCAGCAGAUUGAUGAGGAAGGACUAGUGGGAGUAGCUUUGUCUAAGCAGCUUGUGAAGGUAGCAUCAAAGGCUUUAAAGAUCAACGUUGUGCAGUUAGGUCCUAAGGUGUUGCCUUACUCAGAGCAGCUCAAGUACGUAAUCUCAUUCAUACAAAGAAAAUGGGGAAUGCAGAAGAAGGAAGUGUACACGCCAAACUUCAAGAAAGCUUUUGAGCAUUUCUGUAUACACGCUGGAGGAAGAGCGAUCAUUGAAGGAGUGGAGAAGCAUCUGAAGCUGGACAAGGAAGACGGAGAAGCUUCGAGGACAACACUGUACCGGUAUGGGAACACGUCGUCGUCUUCACUGUGGUAUGAGCUUCAGUAUCUGGAGGCGAAAGCUAGAAUGAAAAGGGGAGAUAGAGUAUGGCAGAUUGGGUUUGGAAGUGGGUUUAAGGCUAAUAGUGCUGUAUGGAAAUGCAUUUCUGAGAUCGAUUCGAGAGAGAGGAAUGCAUGGUCUGAUCGAAUCCAUUUGUAUCCGGUCUGUGGAGAUGAUGAUUCAAGUGCGUUGAAGACGAAGCAUCUUUCUUGA